AUGACCGCCCCUGACUGUCCCGCGCCGCCGGCUAGUCCGCCACGCCCCUCCUACCGCGAUGUCCUUCGGUACUGGUGCCAUAAUGAGUAUGAUUCGCCCAUAAAUGGCGGGCAGCUUGGGAGCUCUAAGGCGUUCCGCUUGUGGCAGUUGGACAAUCGAUGCAUUGGUGAUGAGGAGGCCGAAUUCACCGCAUACAUUGAGUCGGAGAAGCGCAGCCGGGCGCGCCGCGAGGAGUCUACGGUGUUACCGGACCUCGAUGAUCCUGAAGGACUUGAGAACGAAAGGCGGUACUGGAAAGAACGGCGUAAAUGGCGCCAGCAAAACGUGAGAGAGAACACUGGCGUGGAUGGCUUCGCUGGGUAUGUGGACGCCGUGAAGCGCCGUUUGGCUGCGCACGGCUUCUUCAAGCCAUUUCGGCUCGAACAGGACCCGAGUCGCCAGGACAGAUUGACGACGUGGAUCGAGUACCUCAACUAUGCCUACUGGUGGGACGACAGAAACAGCGCCCGGCUUGCCGUUCUCCAACCGCAGCAUGAAGAGGCCUGGCGGGAGCUCCAAAAACUGCACCCGGCACCUGGAUACCACAUAACGGAGGCGCUGUUGCUUAGCCGUGAGGAGGCUGAGAAGCGUACUAGGGAGCGAUUGGAAGCCGAGAAGGCCCUCGAGAACGCUAAAACGCAGGCAAAGGCUGUUCUCGAGCUGACAAAACGGGACCGCGACGGACCACAACCCCCUCGCUUCAGUUCUGAGCAGCGCACCGCAAUGGUAACCGAGGCGCAUGCUCGGUACAAGGAGGCUAAGAAUGCCCUGGCGCUUAUCCAGACUCGCAACGAGGCCGCUGCCAGGUUCAGGGACCAAGCACGAGACUACGCCCUCGAAAAGGAAAAGGGAGAUCGCCACAAGACCCUCAUUCGGUGGAUCCUAGACCAUAUUGACGCCGUCGAGGCGGAGAUGAAGCAGGUUGAAAAAGCCAACGAAAGAAUGGACGCGGUACGUGGCCAGCAGAAGAUGCCGCAGGACGUUGACGACGAUGUCUCUUCCCCAGCUCCUGGGAGGAGCACAAGCAAGCCUGAGGACCCGAACGGCGCCCACAAUUCGUUUCCCUCGCAGAGACAGAGAGUAGCCAAGAAAAGCCGCGAAGAAGACCAAGUCGACGAGGCACCCCCGUCAAAAAAACUUAAGGCGAAGCAUGGCACCAGCAACGCCAACGAUGACCCUCCUCCCCCUCGGCAGUCACCAACGGCCCGCAGCCACCGCGCGUCGUCAUCAUCAUCAUCCCCACGAGCUCCCCUUCCAAGCCACAGAGCAUCACCCGGCCCCUUUCCCCUCGACAACCCAGCCCCAAAGCCAUCUAUCCCAAGCCUGUCCCAAUCCCCGAACCAGGCGACAGCCCUAGUCGUACCCUCGCAACCAGCAAGGGCAGAUCAGCCCCAACUCCGGCGCAGCGCCCGCAUCGCCGCCCGCCGCCUAAGAGCAACAGCCGCAUCCCGCGCGGCGGCCGCGCCCUCCGCAGCUCGCUAA